CGCCCAGCCAAGACUUCCACUCCCAGUAUAAAUGGAGGUGAAAUGAAGCAUCAAUGAUCCUCAGUCCAUUAGUCUAAAUCCUGGUUUUCAUCUCACCUUCAGUCAUUACCGCCUACGAAUAAUACUAGUCUGCUAAACCCCAGCUAUCUCAGACAGCGAGCAUGAUAAUUAGUUAACCUAUAGCCAUUUGAUACAUACUAGCAGAUCAGGUUUUGAACUUUACGUUGUUUGCUUUUAAUACUCAACUCAAUAUAAAUACAUUUAAUAUGAGUCGAACGAUGUUAGCCAUCUCCAAUAUCACCUUUCUAAAUUUAGCAACAACUACAACUGCAGGAACGGUUACUACUGAAGAAUCAUUUUGGUCACAAAUGUUUAAUGCAUUCACAACAGCUUUAGUGCUGAAAGCUGGAGAAUAUACUACAUUUCUAACGGGUUCCGGUGAAGUGAUUAAAACAAUACAUUCAAUAUUGUUUAAUCAUUAG